GGGGGACUCCGACCACUUUCGACCUACGUCAUCAAUCAGGUAGGGGAUAGGGCCUGAAUUUAGGCCGAUCUCACCACCGAGAGCACCUGCAACAGACGAUCCAUGGAAUGAAGCCUUCCAGCGUACAAAUCAAGACAAAUUGAUUUGGUACUCCGUACAAUGGGUUUCGUCGCCGGCUUCGUAUGGCACUCCUCCCCUCUCCUGCCCUCUUCCUCUCAAACCUCUCUCAACUAACAGGAACCUCCAAAAAACAAAAAAAGACAGGCGGCGUAACCCUGACCCUCUCGCUCACCUACCUAGCACUACUCACGCACGCGCGAAACCGGGAAGCGCAGUCGGCCGUGCUGCGCGCGCAGAUCUCGACGCUCGACGCGCUCGUCCCGCCCGACCCCGCCCACCACCGCCGCCGCCGCAACGCCACCGUGCUCCUGCCCGACGGCACCUACCGCCCGCGCGAGAGCCUGGCGCAGUACGAGCGCGAGCGCGCGCGCGCCGGCCCCGUCGGCUCACUCGUCGAGACCGCCAAGACCCGCUGGAACGGCGAGGUGCUGGCUGCCGUGCGGUGGGCGCAGGAGAAGGAUUGGGGGCGGGUGCGCGAGGAGGCGGAGGAGGGGGUUGCGAGGUUACUUGGAGUGGAGUUGUCGCGGGAGCCGGUCCCGGUGGAGGAACAGGGUGCUGAGAGGGCGGUGAGGACGCAAGAAGGGGGCGGCGAAGGGCGACACGAGGCGGCUCACAAGGUGAGCGAGGCGCUGCAGCACGCGCGGGAGAAGACGGCGGUUGUUGCGCGGGCGAUGGGGCAGGAGGCGAAGGAGGUCGUGUCCGAGGCGCGGGAGGUGGUAGCGACGGGCGUGGAGAAGGCCGAGGAGGCGGUUGCGAAGCGGAUGGGGAAGGCGCAUGAUUUCGUGGAGAGGACAAAGGGGGCGGCACAUCUCGCCGAGGACAAGGCUGAGGCGAAGGCCGAUGCCAAGCUGCUCCAUGUUUCCGACAUUGAGAAGGCGCUGGCGGAAAGAUACGACAGUGCACGGCGGGAGGAGCGGAUGAAGAGGAGUGUGCAGGAGGUAUUAAACGAGCGGUACAUCCCCAUGGACCAGCGGGAUAACUCUCAGCUGCGGCUAGUAUAAUCAGUCGCCGCUUGCUGGUCGGAAGGGCUGCUGCUCCGUGGUCGCGGACUAUGUUGAUACAGCAAGCGGACGAAACGUUGAACGAUCCGUGGGCCCAAGGGCAGCCUCAUGAACGCUGGCUUCUGCCAGCGCUUAAUAUGCGAGUCCAGUACUGUAUUCUAUCACCGGCACCCCCGGAGGUCGCGGGUUGAAUCCCUGCCCGUCAACCCCAAGUCGGGGUUUUCGAAGCUGGCCGCCU